AAUAUCUCUUCUUCCAUUCCAGAUUCCAUGGGUGGUGCAUCUGCUGACUCAUCUUCUCCGUCGCAAUCCCUUCUUGAAGAUGAAGAACAGCAGCUGCAAUCUCCGGCGACAAAUCCCGCCAAGAACUCCAAGAAACUCGCUCUCAUCCCCCUGAUCUUCCUCAUCUACUUCGAGGUCGCCGGCGGGCCCUAUGGCGAGGAAUUGGCGGUGGGCGCGGCGGGGCCGCUUCUGGCGAUUCUCGGAUUCCUUGUCUUCCCGUUUAUCUGGAGCAUCCCGGAAGCCCUGGUGACGGCGGAGCUCGCCACCACUUUCCCCGGAAAUGGCGGAUUUGUGAUCUGGGCCCACAAGGCAUUCGGCCCUUUCUGGGGAUCCCUGAUGGGUUCUUGGAAGCUCCUCAGUGGGGUCAUCAAUCUGGCAUCGUACCCAGCUUUAUACAUAGAUUAUCUCAAAUUGGUUUUCCCAGUUUUCUCUUCGGGGAUUCCCAGGAUGUUGGCUAACUUCUCCAUAACUUUGUUGCUCUCAUUUCUGAACUAUUCUGGUCUUUCAAUUGUUGGGUACACUGCAUUCUUUCUGGGGAUUGUGUCUCUAUGCCCAUUUUUAGUCCUCUCUGUAAUUUCAAUCCCCAAGAUUGAUCCCAAAAGAUGGGUUAGUUUGGGGCAGGAAGGUGUCCCUAAAGAUUGGAACUUGUUCUUCAAUACCCUAUUCUGGAACCUGAAUUUCUGGGAUAAUGCCAGUACUUUAGCUGGGGAAGUUGAACAGCCUCAGAAAACAUUCCCAAAGGCACUGUUUUCAGCUGGGAUUUUGACCUGUCUGGCUUACUUGAUCCCCCUUUUAGCCACCACCGGUGCCACCCCUCUUGAUCAAGCAAGCUGGACAGACGGCCAUUUCGCGGAUUUGGCAGCCAUGAUUGCCGGAAAAUGGCUGAAAUACUGGGUGGAAAUCGGGGCGGUUUUGUCAGCAGUGGGGCUCUAUGAAGCCCAGCUGAGCAGCUGUGCUUACCAGAUCAUUGGCAUGGCGGACAUCGGGGCUGUCCCCCGGGUUCUGGGGACACGGUCCAAGUGGUUCGAUACUCCAUGGAUAGGGAUCUUGGUCUCAACUCUAGUGGCACUGGGAGUCUCAUAUAUGGACUUCACCAACAUUAUAUCAUCUGUUAACUUCUUGUACAGCUUGGGGAUGCUGCUCGAAUUCGCGUCGUUUCUAUGGCUGAGAAAGAAGAUGCCGAGCGUUAAGAGGCCUUACAAAGUUCCAUUGCCAUUUCCAUGGCUGGUGGUGAUGUGCUUGGUGCCUUCUGUGUUUCUGGUGUAUGUGAUGACUGCUGCUACUAAGACUGUGUUUUGGAUCAGUGCUCUGCUCACUCUGUUUGGGGUUGUUUGGUACUUUCUCAUGAAACUUUGUAAGGAAAAAAAGUGGGUUAUGUUUGAUAGUAGUGAAGAGAAUUAGUUAAAAAGGGCAGGGAAUUGUCAACAAAUUGUUAUGUUUGUUUAGGGAAUGUUUAUGAUACUAAUUG